GGCGCGGAGGCGGAGCGGAUCACCCGGGGGCGGGGCGGAGCCUUCCGAAACGUCCUGCCUGUGUCCUACAGGGUACAGUUCAUUUUAGGAGAGAUUCCUGGGUUCCCUGUUAAAGUAGGACUUCUGUCCCCAUUAGGUACGACUCUGCCCUCCGUCCCCUCUGUGGUCCCCUCAGUGUAAGCCGGCAGAUGGUCUAGUCCAGGGCCGCCCGUGGACCGCAGCGAGACCCGAGACCGAAAGGCAGGCCGCGCACGCAUGCGCAGAGGCGCAGCAUGGGGGCGGGAGCCGCUAAGCCCCUUCCCCGCCGCUGUGAAGAUCAUUGCUAGGAGGAACUCUGGGUACAAUUAUGAACACAGUGUGUGUAAUAAUGGCUCACAUCUUAAGAUCUCAUCUGAUAAAUGCUUCAAUGGUACCGAAUCGAAUGAAAAUGCCUCCAUAUCUUGGUGUCAUUAGAAACAGAAUGAUGUCAACUCAGAAAUCCAAAAAGAAGAUGAGAGACUAUUACAGGUUGCUGAAUCUGGAUGAAGGAUGCUCUGCAGAUGAUGUCAGGGAAGCUUUUCAUAAGCUUGCCAAGCAAUACCACCCAGACGGUGGUUCUAGUACAGCGGAUUCAGCAACAUUCAUACAGAUCGAAGAAGCUUAUAGGAAGGUGCUUUCCCACGUGGUAGCACAAGCAAAUGCCGGACAGAAUAAAGUUGAAGAAGCAGAGGAAGAGGAAGAAAAGUUCAAAUAUAAAACACCCCAACACCGACAUUAUUUAAGUUUUGAAGGUAUUGGUUUCGGAAGUCCCAGUCAACGAGAGAAGCAAUAUAGGCAAUUUAGAGCAGACCGUGCAACUGAACAAGUGAUGGAAUAUCAGAAGCAGAAAUUACAAAGCCAGUAUUUCAUUGAUAGCGUAAUUGUUAAAGAUGUAAGACAGAGUAAAGAACAAAAGAUAACUCAGGCUAUUGAGCGUUUAGUAGAGGAUCUCAUUCAGGAAUCAAUGGCAAAAGGAGACUUUGACAAUCUCAGUGGGAAGGGAAAACCUCUAAAAAAAUUUUCUGGCUGUUCAUAUAUUGAUCCCAUGACUCACAACCUGAACAGAAUAUUGAUAGAUAAUGGAUACCAACCAGAAUGGAUCCUCAUGCAAAAGGAAAUAAAGGAUACUAUCGAUCAACUCAGAGAGGCAAUUUUAGUGUCAAGGAAAAAACUUGGGAAUCCAAUGACACCAACUGAACAGAAACAGUGGAACCAAGUUUGUGAGCAGUUUCACGAAAACAUCAGGAAACUGAACAAGCGAAUUAAUGAUUUUAAUUUAAUUGUUCCCCUCUUGAGCAGGCAAAAAGUCCAUUUUGAUGCACAGAAAGAAAUUGCCAGAGCCCAGGAAAUAUAUGAAGCCCUUAUAAAAACAAAAGAAGUCACAGAUAAAAACCCAAACAACACUGAUCAGGGAGAAGGGGAGAAAAUACCUGGAGUCAAGACAGGCUUUUUUAACUGGAUGAAUGUGUGGAAAUUUAUUAAAAUCUGACCAUUUAAAUAUCCAUAAUACUACCCCAAAUCAUUUUCAGUUGUACUGAUGUCAUACAUAGGGGAUGAGAUUUAUUGCUACAACACAAGAGUUUGAGAAAUGUAUGCCUCUGCACUUUUCACAAAACUAAUCACAUCUCUAGUGAUGUAUAAGUGAGAAAGCUGUAAGAAACUGAGAGAAGUGUUCAACCAGCUUUGCUCUGAGGAUAUUGCAAGAAAAGAACUCCUAAGAAAACAGUUUAAUCCAUUUCAGAGUUUAAAUGUCAGUCAUAGGUGACACGAAUUAGGACAAGGACUCAGACUGGGAAUCAUAAAGCAUAGUCCAAAAGUCUUAGUGCACUUUUAAGCUCUAGUAACUUAAAGACCGUUGCUGUUGCUAUCUUCACAGCUACUUAAACAACAAUGAAAAAAAACCCUAAGAAGUAUUAUAAAAAGUCACAAGACUAUGGAAGUAUGGAAUGUAGGCAAGCAAACCUCCAAAUGAUGAAUGUUCUUUGCAAGCUUGCUGCAUUUAGACCUUGUGGUUAUUAAAGUUUAAAACUGUUCUAAGACUUUUGGGAUACUCUUGAUGGAAAUGUUAUGAUCAGGAAAUUAGCCCAAAGGAGUUACUGUACUCUCCCUUUUUUAUAAAGACCUUCCUUGUGGGUAUUGAAUAACACACACACACACACACACACACACACACACACACACACACACUAUCUGGGUUGUGCUUUUUCCUUCCCAACUUCGUUAUCUUGGCUAUAGAGAAAUCCAUCAGCCAAGAUAGUUGAUAUAGCUGUUCUAGAAAUAAACUCCAGUGGCCACUUUAAA